AUGAUGACCUCAAGGGUACUCUCCAGGCUACUACCUGUGGCCGAAGGAGAUGUAUCCGUCUUCGAGGGUAUGCGAAGCGCUCCUCACCGACGAACAGACAUCGAAUCACACGGCCGACACGAGGAUACAUUCCACGACGAAGAUGACUAUCCAGACCGCAUCUUCCUCGAAGGUGCGAACGAUGAGGAGUCAGAUCAGACACAACAAAGCCCUGAAACCCAGCCUUCAGCACAGCAAUCACCAGUUCUUGAGCGCAUACGUCCAAAAUGGCUCGAUAGCCGGAGAAACAGACGGAUUGAUGAGGACGAUGAUGUGCCGGAGUCUUUGAUACUGGACGACAAGGGCGAGGGACCUGCGAACAGGGCAUCAUCCCGACCCACAGAUCAAGAUCCGAGAACAAGAGCAGAAGCACAGUGGAAGGCAGCGCAAGAGACACAUGGACUGCAUGCGGACCGACCCAGGCCUGUAUCACGGCAAUAUCAGACCAGGUCUAACACUGCUCCAGCUCCUCAGGCUGAUCCUGAAGUGGAUGCAAUGUGGCUCUACGCCAAUGCAUCAAAUCUUGACGCCUUCUUGCUCGAGGUCUACCAGUACUACGUCGAGCAUGGCGUCUGGUCGAUCCUACUGUCCAGAGCGAUCAGUCUGAUGACCGAGCUCUUCAUCUUCAGCUUUGCCAUGUUCCUCACGACCUGCAUAGAUUACUCGAAGGUGCCAGGAAGCAGAAUGACCUCGGAUAUUGUGAUACCGAAAUGCAUGAAGAACGCUUCUUGGUUCAAGAAUGCAGCACUGUUCGUAUUCAUUGUCUACUGGUUGUCGAGAGUAGCAACGCACGUUCGUGGCAUACGGCGACUGUUCCAGAUGCAGCGCUUCUACUUACACGUCCUCGGCAUCACCGACACGGACAUUCAGACGGUCUCCUGGAUUAAGGUAGUUGAGGGCCUGGUGAAAGUGCAGAGCUCGAACAUUGCCACCGCAAAUUUGACUGCAGCAACCAAAAACAUUGUCGGAUACAAACGACCUCAGGAACGACUUAACGCUGAGACCGUUGCCAACCGCCUCAUGCGCCAGGACAACUAUUACGUCGCGCUCUACAACAAGGAAAUUCUCGAUUUCACCCUGCCGCUCCCCUUCGUCGGUAGCCGCCAGUUCUACUCCAAGAGCCUCGAAUGGUGCAUCGACUUCUGCCUCACCAACUUCAUCUUCGACGAGCGCGGUAGCAUUCGGCCUUUCUGCUUGGACGUCAGGAACCGACGCGCUCUUGUCACCGCUCUGAGUCGACGUCUCCAAUUUGCCGCUUUGACUAGCGUCCUCAUCGCUCCCUUCAACAUCCUCCGCUUCUGCAUGAUGUACUUUUUCCGCUACUAUACAGAGUUCACCCGCAACCCCUCCCGCCUCAGCGCGCGCUCUUUUACUCCUUUCGCCGAGUGGAAGAUCCGCGAGUUCAACGAGCUGGAACAUCUCUUCCAGCGCCGCCUCCGGCAAGCCAUGCCGUUCGCAAACGACUACCUCAAGCAGUUUCCAAAGGAUAAACAGGACCAGUUCUGCCGCUUUGUCGCGCUCGUCAGCGGGGCGGUAGCAGCGGUGUUGGGUAUGUUCUCCGUCUGGGACUCCGAGCUCUUCCUCGGCUUCGAAGUCACGCCCGGCCGCACUGCGCUCUUCUGGCUCACAGUCUUCGUCGGCAUCUUCGGCAUAGCGCACGGUGCUCUACCAGAUGAAAACGAAGUCCACGACCCCGUGCUGCAUCUCAGAGAAGUGCUACUGUAUACACACUACAUGCCCGCUCACUGGAAAGGCCGCCUGCACAGCAACGAAGUCCUCUCCGAAUUCUCCGCAAUGUACCAGAUGAAAAUUCUCAUCUUCGUCGAAGAAAUCCUCUCCCUGAUCGUCGCCCCCUGGAUCCUCCUCCGCAACGCUAACAGCCGUUGCGAACGCAUCGUCGACUUCUUCCGCGAGCAGACGGUGCAUGUCGACGGGAUCGGGCACCAAUGUAAUUUCGCGGUAUUUGGGUUCAAGAAGGAUCUGAAUGUGGAGGAUCCGACGAAGACGCUGCAACGGCGCGAGCCGGAUGGGUUGCGGGAUGAGUAUUUUGGGUGCAAGGAUGAUAAGAUGGAGGCGAGUGUGCAGAACUUCAUGCAGUACUAUAGUCAUGCUCAUCAUGCGAGGGAGGGGAAGAGGAGGGGACAGAGGGGGUGGCAGCCGCCGCCUGCUUGGCCGCCGAUGAUGGGGGAGGGUGAUGGCGAGGAGGGGACGGCUGUCGUGAAAUCGGCUUUGAGUCCACCGGCUGGAAGGGGCCAGAAAGCGGUGAAGCCCUCGCGAUCGGCACGCUCGCCGCUGCAGCAAGCCAGUCGAUCUCAUGCUGCCAUGCAGCGCAGACCUCCGUCCUCUCAAGCAACUCCUAGUAAGGCAGAGCCCGGCAUGACGGAGAGCAGACUUAUGGCGCAGGACAGCGAUCUCCAAGACGCCAUCAUUGGUGGUGGGGACUCGAAGGACGUGCUUGAGAGCGACACAGACAACGACGAGGGCGACGAUGUCGCUGGGAAGAACGCGGGUGUAUUAGGCAUGAUAUAUCAAUUUAGCAAAGCGCAGACGGAGAAGGGCGCUGGUCUGAACAUUUGA